AGCUCCGCACUUCCCCUCUAGCUGUUCCUGUCGCAUUUAUCCCCAUCCCUCGAGCAUUAUUCACACCCAUGGCGUCCAACCGAACUCGCCGUAUCACAAAGGAAAUUGCCGAUAUUCGUGCAGACACCCACUCCCAAAUCACCGCAGAGCCCGUUGGCGACGAUGACGAUGUCACGAACCUCCGCGGUACUUUUCCGGGCCCUCCUGGGACGCCAUAUGAGGGUGGCACAUACAAAAUCGACAUCAAGAUACCCACCGAGUAUCCGUUCCGACCGCCUGUAAUGAAGUUCCUGACAAGGGUUUGGCAUCCAAAUGUUAGCAGUCAAACGGGUGCUAUCUGUCUCGAUACACUAUCAUCCGCCUGGUCCCCUAUCCUCACCAUCAAGGCUGCCCUCCUCUCACUUCAGUCUCUCCUCAGCACACCAGAGCCCAAAGACCCACAGGAUGCCGAGGUCGCGUCUAUGUUGCUUCGGAACCCCAAAGAGUUUGAUCGUGUCGCGCGAGAGUGGGCUGUCCAACACGCAGGAGCGCCUAGGAAAGCAGCCGGAGAAGGUAGCGGUGGUGCCACGACCGAAUCCCUACGGCAGUUGGAGCAGAAGGAGAGGGAGGACAGAGACAAGGAAGACCUCUCCAAAUACGACGGGUACAACAGGCAGCUGAUUGAUCGUUUUGUUCAUAUGGGUUUUGAUGUGGAUCAGGUUGUGUCAGCUUUCAACUACUACGGCAUUGACCGCAAUGGCGGCGAGGACUAUGAAUUGGAGGAAGCCUACAUGGGCGAUGUAACCGCUCGACUCCUCGGCGAGCCCUAAAAGCCACGCUCGUCCGACUCGAACGUGAAUUUGUUUGUUAUAGGUGGACUUGAUGACGAGCACGGUGCCCGGCGAAUUCGUUCUAUUAUUCUGGCUUAUUUAUUCGCCCGUUCUUCGGGUUUUGGGACAUUUAUCAGAUAUGUUAUCGCAGUUCAACUCAUAAACGGAUCAUUUAGCAUAUCGACAUCAGCUGGUCUCUUUCAAUUUAGCUGUCUUAAAUUAACUCUACUUGCUAGUAAUUUUUCAGUAGAGUAAUAUUAUUAUUUUCC